AAGCUUAUUCAAUGGAAUAACAAGUUUCAGCUUCUCCCCUGGAACCUCAACUUCUGGGACAACGUGAAGUAGUCGAGAAGAACACCGCCAAUGUUGAAGAAGAGGAACUUUUUGAGAUAGGGCAUCAUCACCAUAGAGGAACCCGUGUCCUACAGCCUAAGCUUAAGGCCUAAUCCAAAGUAGGUUGGGACCCACAUCUAAAGCAUAUUGAAAGCUUAAGGCCUAAUUCAGAGAGAACUGAAAAUAGCUUUUCUUAUGCUUUCCCAUUUCCUUGUUCGUGCCAUUUUGCUUGGUUUUCUUCAGGUACACUAAGUUUAGCAACACUCUGCUUUCUUCUCAGUUUUUCCUUCCCUUUCAGUUUAUUGCUUACGAUUUGGAAUAGUUACAAGUAAAGACACAUCACAAUUCUGGAUCAGCCAAUUCCAAUAACACAGCUUCCAACAAGUAAAAAAUGGAGAACAUGCUCUGGUGAAGACUAAGAACAGAUUUCCUCAUUCUCAGUUUGUGGUAGACUCAAGAGAUGUAGUCGAGGAGGGUACAAGAAAAAGAAGUUGGAAGUAUGGAGACUGUGUUCAAAAUAAUUGAUCCAGUAAUUGUUUUUCUAUGGGGUCAUGGUAUUAAGCAGGUAACCUACAUUUUUGGUUACACGAAAAAUCUUGAGGAACUAAAUAAGAAAGUUAAACGUCUUGGAGAAGAAAAAGAGAGGUUAGAUCGUCAAUGCAUUGAAGCUAGAAAAAAAGGUCACAUAGUUGAAGCUAGGGUUGAGGAAUGGUUUGGGGAAGUGGAUGAAUUUGAGACUAGUGUUGAGAAUUACAGGAAAAAUGCAGGUCACAAGAAGACAAGGGGCCUCUAUUAUUUGCUUCCUUACUAUAGGCACACACUGGGCAGACAAGCAAAGAAGAUGGAAAUGGAGGCUUUGAGGCUAACAGAAGAGUCCAAGGUUGACGAAGUUUCUCAUGCAGAGAAAGUAACAUCUUUUGAUCUCACUUCGUCUAAUUCUGGCUACAUUGAAUUUGAUAGUAGAAAAUCCAUUGUGGAAGACAUAAUGACAAAACUUAAAGAUCCCAAUAUGAAAAUUAUUGGACUCCAUGGAUCACAAGGGAUGGGUAAGAGCACUUUAAUAAGAAAAAUUGCUAAGAAAGCUAAAGAUGAAGGGUUGUUUGAUAGGGUGGCUGAAAUAGAUGUAACUGUCAACCCCAAUCCACUCAAAAUUCAGGAAGACAUUGCACAUGUGCUAGGAUUGUCGUUAGCAGGAGAAGGUGAAAAUGUAAGAGCUUAUUAUCUAAGAAGAUGGUUAAAGAUAGAAAAUCCUAGCAUCCUUAUAAUCUUGGAUAACCUUCAUGAAAAAUUGGACUUGAAUAGGUUAGGAAUUCCGGUUGAUGAUGAUUAUGACUUAAGAAAGAAGAAUCAGUUAAGCAUAAGGUCAAGUACACAGGGUUCUAAGAAAAAUUCUGACCACACAGAGGAAGCUGCAACAGUCAAACAAGAUGUAGGCAAAUAUCUAGAAAAAGCAAAUUUUCUUGGUGAUUAUAAGGGAUACAAAGUUUUGCUUUCUUCACGUUAUAAGGAAGUAUUUCUUGAUGAGGUUGAUGUUGAGUCAAAAUUUUCUUUACAGGAAUUAGAUGACAAUGAUGCCUUGAUUCUGUUUGAGAAGGUGACUGGAGGAGAUAACAAAAUAUCUAUGCCUAAAGAAGAAAUCCAAAACUAUUGUACAGGGUUGCCCAUGAGAAUAGUUAACUUUGCAGAGGCAUUUAAAAAAUGGAGUGAAUUAGAAAACAAACCCACAAUGGACAAAUUUAAAAAUCAAGGUUUGGUUGAGUGGAACAAGUCUUUGGAGAUUCCUAAUAACAUAAAAUAUGACCUUCCAAAAAAUGAGGAACUCAAGUUCAUUUUCUUCCUUUGUGCUCAAAUGGGCCACCUACCCUUAGUUAAUGACUUGGUGAAAUAUUGCUUUGGAUUAGGUAUACUUGAAGGGGUCUCUUCCCUUAGUGCAGCUCGUGAAAAAAUAAAUGAAUCGAUCCAAGAGCUGAAAAACAUGAGUUUGGUGUCGUACAAAAAUCCUAAUGUUCAUUUCAAUAUGUCUCAUAUGGUUCGAGAUUAUGCUUUAAGUAAUGCACCCAUGGAUCAGAACGUUUUUGAUUUCAGAGAUGGAAAACUAGAUUAUUGGCCCAAUCUUGAAAAAUGCAUUUCUAUUUCUAUAUGCAACAGUGACAUUACAGAUGGGUUUCCUAAAGUCAUAAAUUGUCCUCAACUUAAAUUUUUGAAAAUAGAAACUAAGGAUCCGUCUUUGGAAAUACCUAAGAGUUUUUUUAGCAGCAUGAAAAACUUGUUAGUUUUAAUAUUGACUGGUUUUCAUCUAUCAAGCUUACCAAAUUCAAUUGAAGACUUAUUGAACCUCAGAAUGCUUUCUCUGGAGCGGUGCACUUUGGAUUGCAAUUUAUCGGUAGUGAGAAAAUUUAAAAAAUUAAGAAUUCUCAGCUUUUCUGGAUCUCAACUUAAAAAUUUGCCAAUUGAGUUACGAUACUUGGAUAAGUUGCGAUUGCUAGACAUCAGUGAUUGUUUUGAACUUGAGAUUAUUCCACCUAAUCUUAUAUCUAAUUUGACAUGUUUGGAAGAGUUAUAUAUAAGAAAAAGCUUGAUCGAAAUGUUGAAGGAAAGAGAGGAAAGCAAAGGUCAUAAUGCAUUCCUUUCUGAGCUAGCGAAUUUGCAUCAGUUGAAAGUGGUGGACUUAAGCAUCCCAUGUGUUUCAAUUUUGCCCGAUCAUUUAUUCUUUGACAGGUUAAAAGAUUACAAGAUCGAAAUUGGGGACUUUGAAAUCUUUUCUGUUGGAGAAUUUAAGAUGCCCAAUAAGUAUGAAGAACUCAAAGUAUUGGCAUUACAGGUGAAGGACGACACUGAUAUUCACUCCUAUGAAGGCAUAAAGUUGUUGUUUAAAACAACACAAAGUUUGCUGUUGGGGAAUGUAGGUGUUCAAAAUGUUGUUAACGAGUUGAAUAUAGAUGGAUUUCAAGAUUUGAAACACUUAUCCAUCAUAAAUAACAAUGACAUCAAAUAUGUCAACUCAACAGAUUUGUCUAAUUGUGUGAACAUUUUUCCCAAUUUGGAAUCUCUAUGCCUCUACAAUAUGAUGAACUUAAAGAUGAUAUGUGACGGUCCAAUGACACUGGAAUCAUUUGCCAAAUUAAAAACCAUCAAGGUUGAGAUGUGUUACCAAUUGGAAACUCUCUUCUCCUUCUAUGCUAUUAAAACUUCUACUAGCUCAAGAACAAGUGAGAUUUUUGAAUGUAAUUCUUACACGAAGAAUUUUCUUGCUAGUUUAGAAAUGAUUGAGGUUUGUGAAUGUAAAUCUUUGAAGGAGAUCCUUCAAAUACCAAUAGAUUAUGAUAAGGUUGAGUUUCUCAAACUACGCACUUUGACACUCCAAUCAUUGCCAUCAUUUACUUGUUUUAAUACCAAAGUCAAGAGAUCUUGCUGGCCACAUGCGAUGGAGGCUCAAACUACAAAUAGGGCUCACACGGAAAUUUCUACUGAAGAAGAUGACCACAGUGACAAUGCGUCUCCUCUUUUUGGUGAACUAGUUGAAGUUCCAAACAUAGAGAACUUGAAUUUAUCCUCACUCAACAUUCAUAAGAUAUGGAGCAAUCAACACUUGUCAAGUUUUCAAAACUUGAUAAGGUUAGUUGUGAAAGAUUGUGAUAAAUUGACAUAUCUAUGUUCAUUACCUAUGGCUAGCAGUUUGAAGAAGUUGAAAAGCCUCAUCAUAAGUGGGUGUCCUAUUAUGGAAAAUAUUUUUGAGAUCGAAGGAAUUAAUGCACACAAGGUUUGUGUCUUCCCUAAGCUGGAGGAAAUCCACCUUAGCGACAUGAAGAGAUUAAAAGAUAUAUGGCAUACUAAAGUGAACAUUGAUUCUUUUUCUAGUCUCAUUUCGGUGAACAUUGAAGAAUGCAAUCAAUUGGACAAGAUUUUUCCGAGUCACAUGGAAGGAUGGUUUGAAAGUUUGAUUAACUUGAAAGUUUCUAACUGCAAGCAUGUGAAAGUGAUUUUUGAAGUUAGUGAUUCUGAAGAAAUUGAUGUAUCUGGUGGUAUAGAUACAAAUCUGCAGGUUAUUCUUCUUAAAGACCUCCCAAAGUUGAAGGAAUUGUGGAGCAAAGAUCCACAUGGAAUUCUCAAUUUUAAAAAACUUCGGACUAUAGAUGUAAGUAAUUGUGAUGAAUUGAAGAAUUUGUUUCCAGCUUCUAUGGCAAAAGAUGUAUCAAAGCUUGAACGUAUAUCAAUAUUGCAUUGUAAGAAGAUGGAGGAAAUUGUUUCAAGUAAAGAUGCAUCAGAAGCUAACAAUGAUCCAUUAGAGUUUCCUGAACUAACCUAUGUGAGAUUACAUGAGCUUGAAAACAUCAAACAAUUCUACAAGGGGAGACAUCCAAUAAAGUGUCCAAAGUUGAAGGAAUUGAGUAUGGACAAGUGUAUGAUGCUUAAAACAUUUCAACAAAAAACAAGUGAGGAAAAGUUUGUUUUCUCAGCUGAAGCGGUAUUUCCCAACUUGGAGUAUAUGGAAAUUCACUUCGAGGAACCCCAAAUUUUGUUAUCCAAGAUCCAAAUGCACAAUUUAAAAGAGCUUAUUAUCUUGAAUGCAAUCCAGCCCUCAGAUCUUUCCUACCCGAUUCUGUACAAAAUGCCAAAUCUAGAAAAGUUAACAUUGACUUCCUAUGAUUAUGAAUCGCUAGAGUCACUGCAAAGUACAAACAUUGGGCAACAAGACAGAUUGGGAGUUGUAGUACGGUUGAAGCAAUUGUUUAUUCGUUCAUCAGAUAUAAAGGAUCUAGGAUUUGAACGAUACAAAGUUCUCCAGAGACUAGAGGUUUUGAGCUUAGAAUUUUGCUACGAAUUGGAAACUUUAGCUCCUUCAUCUGUAUCGUUGAGUUACUUGACAUAUUUGGAACUAAAGGCAUGUAACGGAUUAAGAAACUUAAUGGCAUCCUCCACGGCCCAAAGCAUGGUUCAACUUAAGACUAUGAAGGUAAUCAACUGUAAUAAUUUAAAGGAAAUAGUAAGCAAUGAGAAAAACGAAGAAGGCAAAGUGAAGAAAAUUGUAUUCAGCAAAUUGAUCUCUAUAGAACUUGUGAGGUUAAAAAACCUCGCAAGUUUUUGCAGUUACAAGGACUAUGAAUUUGAAUUUCCAUCACUGGAAAUAUUGAUUGUAAGAGAGUGCCUAAAGAUGGAAAAAUUCAGUGAAAAAAGAGCAAUAGCACCAAAGUUGAAAGAUGUAUUUGGUGUGGAAGGAGAUCAAAAAGCCAAAUGGCAGUGGAAAGGUGACUUGAAUGCCACCAUACAAAAGGUUUUCGAUGAUAAGGUGAGUUUCGCAUAUAGUGAGCAUAUGCGGCUUGAUGAAUUUAUUAUAGAGCAACCAUGGCAUAGCAGUGAUUGGGUGCGCCAAAAGAGCUUUGGGUAUUUGAAAAAAUUGUCUGUAUGGCGAUGUAAAACUCUAGUGCAUAUAAUUCCAUCUCAUUUGCUUUCUUGCUUUCACAAUUUGGAAGAGUUACAUGUAUGGAAUUGCAGUAAGGCAGAGGUGAUAUUUAAUAUGAAUGAUGAGAACAGGGUGAUGAGAAAACCUUCCGGAAUAUUCCGUCUGAAAAUAUUGUCUUUAGAUAAUCUAGCAAAACUGACGCAUAUAUGGGACAAGGAUCCAGAGGGAAUUAUUGGCCUUCAAUUCCUAAAGGAAAUAAGUGUUUAUAAUUGUGAGCGUCUUAAAAGUUUGUUUCCAGCAUCGGUAGCCAAAGAUCUUACCAGACUUCAAGUGCUUAAUGUAACAGAGUGUAAGGAAUUGGAAGAGAUAUUUAGGAAGGAUGAAAGGAGUGGAGAAGAAGAAGGAUCAACACAAGAGUCUGUGUUUCAUCGUCUCACCACAUUGAGGCUACAACAAUUGCCAAGCCUCAAAUACUCUAUCCACUGCUCCAAACAACAGGAGAGUAUAUCAAAUUUGAGUGUGAGAGAUAUACAAGAGUUAUGUCUUGGCUCAAGGUGCAUUCCAAACUCCGACUUCGGUCUCCUAGAAUCUCUAACUCUGGAUAAAUGCCAGUUUUUAUCCGAUGUACUCCUACCGUUCAAUUUACUUUCUUUCUUAACUAAUUUGGAAAAGUUGGACGUUCGAAACUGUGAUUCUGUCAAAAUCAUCUUUGAUGUGAAAUGUACAACACAAGACAGAGAAGUGGCAUAUGUGGGACCAACCCUUCCUUUUUCUUUGAAGAAAUUGACUUUAAUCAACCUGCCAAAACUGAAGAAUGUUUGGAAUGAAGAUCCUCAAGUAAUUCUAAGCAUGCACCAUUUACAAAAAGUUUGUGUUAAGGAAUGUGAAGGCCUUACAAGUGUGUUUCCACCAUCAAAAGACAAAUAUCUUGUGAAACUUAAACAUCUAGAAGUGAAAGGCUGUAAAAGAUUGAUGACUAUUUUUGCAGAGGAUAAUAUAGAUCCAAGAACAAAGCUAGAGCUUACAUGUCCCUUUGUGAGAUCAUUGGAACUUCAGGGUUUGUCCAGCUUCAAGUAUUUUUACUACAACUCACUGUAUUGUGAAAUUUUUACAUAUCUAGAAUCACAUACCAUGAAUCAAGUCGGAACUGAAAAGUUAUUCAAGUGUUUGUCAUUGGGGGAAAAUGGAGUAGAUAUGAUUUUGCAAAGAGAAUUUAAGAGAAACAUCCUACACAACAUAAAAGCACUUACUCUCUGUUUGGGUUCAGAUGUAUUUCGAUAUAAAAUUCUAGAAAAGGUUCCCAAUAUAGAAAAACUUGUGGUGUGUUAUGGUUCCUUCAAGAAGAUGUUCUGUCGUGAAAGUCCUGAUAAUGUGUUACAGCAGCUGAAAGUAUUACGGUUGGAGUUUCUUCUUGAGCUGGUUUUCAUUGGACUAGAGAACUCUUGGACUGAUUCUUUUGUCAGAAACUUAGAAAUCUUCGAAGUCAUUAAUUGUCCGAGUUUAAAAAACUUGGUAUCAUCCACAGUGUCUUUCUCCAAUCUGAGGUGUUUGAAAGUAAAAAAUUGCCCUAGCUUAUCAUAUUUGUUGACAUCCUCAACAGCGAAGUGUUUGGGUAAACUCAAAAGAAUGGAGAUAAAAUGGUGUAAUUCAAUUGAAGAGAUAGUGUGUAAGGAAGAUGGGGAGGAAUCAGAUGAGGAUGAGAUAAUAUUUCCGCAGCUCAUAUCUUUGAAUCUUGAUAGUUUAUCAAAGCUCACAAGGUUCUACAGAGGGAAUUUAGGUUUUCCAUCCUUGGAGGAACUGUCAGUAACAUAUUGCCCUGAGAUGAUAACUUUGUGUGUGGGUACUAUAAUAGCAGGCAAGUUGUUCCAAGUUAAACUUUUUGAAGAGGUUAUUCAAGUGAAAAUUGAUAUCAACUCUACUAUGAGGAAGAAAUAUCUGAGAAAGAUUGCAUCAUCGUCCUGGAGUCUUGAAUUCAGAGAUAGGACAGACCUACAAGAGAUGUGGUGUCUCUCACUUCAGAUACCCCACUUUUGUUUCACUUACUUGAAAACCUUUAUUGUGAAUAAAUGCAAAAUUUCAUCAUAUUCUGUGCUACCUUUCUCUUUACUUUCUUUAUUACCCAAAUUGGAAACAUUGGAAAUUAAAAACUGUGAUUCUGUCAAAACCAUAUUUGAUGUAAAAUGUACAACAAAAGACACAUCAAUUACUCCUCUGAAGAAAUUGGUUUUACAGAAGCUGCCAAAUCUGGAAACCGUUUGUAGUGAAGUUACAGAAGCUAAUCCAGCUCAUCCAGAAGGAACAAAUCCUAUAAUUACGUUCCCCUGUGUGUCGUGGUUGACACUAUUGGAUUUGCCCAACUUCAAGCAUAAUACUAUAUAUGGCAUUCAUGAUGAUGCACCACCAACAUUUGAGCUAAUUAUACCCAACUUAGAGCAUCUGACAGUGGGUAAAAAUGAAUUAAAGAUGAUUGUGGACGGAGAAUUUCAGAGAAAUCUUUUAGACAAGUUAAAAGUUCUCGGUCUGUGUUUUGAUAUUGAGUGCGAUGAAUUUCCGGAUUAUGGAUUUCUACAACAGUUGCCAAAUGUAAAGAAGCUUGUGGUGUGUAGUAGUUCAUUCAAAGGGAUUUUCUUCGAUCGAAGACCAAAUAAUUGUGAACUUCUAUCACAGCUGAAAGAAUUACGGUUGGAGUCCCUAGAAGAGCUAGUUUCCAUUGGGUUAGAGAACUCGUGGACCGAGGCCUUUGUCAGAAAACUAGAAACUUUUGAGGUCAUUAGCUGUUCCAGUUUGGAAAACUUGGUAGCAUGUACAGUAUCUUUCUCAAAUCUGAUAUGUUUAAAGGUAGAAAGUUGUGAUAAUUUGUCAUAUAUGUUCACAUCCUCAACUGCCAAAAGUUUGGGUCAAGUUCAAAGAAUGGAGAUAAACAACUGUAAAUCAAUUGUAGAAAUCGUAUCUAGAGAAAGGGAGGAAACAGAUGAGAAUGAGAUAAUAUUUUCGCAGCUCAAUUGUUUAAAACUUGAUAGUUUAUUGAAUCUCCGAUGGUUCUACAGAGGCCGCUUAAGUUUUCCAUCCUUAGAAGAAUUAUCAGUAAUAGAUUGCGAUGUGAUGGUAACUUUAUGUCCAAGUACGCUAAAAGCAGACAAAUUGUCACAAGUAACAAUUGGAUACGAUAAUAUUCCACUGGAAACUAAUCUCAACUCUACUACGCUGAAGAAAUUCAAGACAGAGAUUUCAGAACUUGAAAAACUUGAACUCAAAAGCAGACCAAAACUAGCAGAGAUAUGGCAUGAGUUCUGUUUCAGUGAGUUGGCCACAUUGAUUGUGGAGGACUGCCAAUUUUUAUCAGAUGAAGUGCUACCCUUCCGUUUACUUCCUUUAUUACCUAAAUUGAAAACAUUGCAAGUUCGAAACUGUGAUAAUGUGAAAGUCAUAUUUGAUGUAAAAUCUACACAAGAGAGAUUAAUUACUUUUCCUCUGAAAAAAUUGGUUUUAUCGAAACUGCCAAAUCUGGAAAAUGUUUGGAAUGAAGAUACUCGUGGAAUUCUAAGCAUGCGCCAUCUAGAACAAGUGUUUGUUGAUACAUGCAAAAGUCUUAAAAGCGUGUUUCCAGCAUCAAUAGGCAAAGAGCUUGUGAAUCUUGAAGAUCUAGUAGUGAAAGACUGUGAGGGAUUGAUGGCAAUUGUUGCAGAGGAAUCUGAUGAGAAUGAAGAAAUCAUAUUUAAGCGGCUUCAGGUUUUGGAUCUUAGAAAAUUAAAAGAACUGACGUGCUUUUGCGCUGGCAACUUCACUUUAAGUUUUCCAUCUUUAGAGGAAGUCCAUGUCAUCGAGUGCAGCUCCAUGAAAACUUUUAGUGCAGUCACCAAAAUAGAUAAUCCGACAAGGUGGUACUAUUCAGAAUAUGCGAGACCCCGAAAGGAAACUGAUCUUAAUUCUGCCCUGCACAGAAAUUCUGAAGAAGAGGCUCUCGAUGCCUCUAGUGCCAUCAUUUCAGUUAUUCAAUAGUUCAUUCAGAUGCCGAUGGAGAUAGUGACCACGGUGAUGAUUAAUUAGAAGCAGUUUUUCACAGCAUAACAUAUGGUUACGUAAGAUUUGGUUGAGCCCCUGUUGCUGUCUCCAAUAUUGCAUAAAUUAAGAGGAGAUUGAUGAAGACAUAAAGAAUGGAUGAAGAUGAAUGUGUCCCGAUUUUAUUACGUGUGAUUGUGUUUACAAAAAUGAAAAAAAAAAAAAAAAAAAAAAACAGUUGAAGAUGAAAUACAUUAUUAUUUGUAUUAUGUAAUGUGUGAGAUUAAAAAUGAUGAACAGUCAUGAAUAUUCAUUAAAGGUGAAGUGAUGAACUGUGUCACUAAAUAUUGACUGUAUUUGCAUGUGGUUAUGCUGAUUAAAAAAAAUGUAUGCUUGUAUUCA